GUCAGCGCGUAUAUCCUCGUUAGCAGUGACAGGUUUGCAAUCUGUUGAGUUGUCUGAAUCAAUCCGUCACGCCGUUUCUCAAUCCCAGCGGAUGGAAAUGGAUGACUUUGCUCAUUCAACUGAAAGUCACUGUCUUCGGAUUUGGAUGAUCUGAUCUUCAUUCAUUCCAAUCUUUUCCAUGCGUUUGCGCUUUGCCAACUCACACUCUCUCUCACACACACACACACCCCUUUUUUAAAACAAACUCCUCUUCACACAUUCUCAACUCUCUCAACAAACACACGCAAACAUCCUCGUACUCUCUCUCUCUCUCUCUCUCUCUCUCUCUCUCGCAAUGGCCGAUUCUAAUUCCAAGGAUGCUGCAUACUCUGUAUCAGUUAAGGAAGAAGUUGAUGCUAAAGUUCAUUCUGAGAAGUCAACUUGUCAUCAUCAUCAUAUUCAUAGCAGGGAAACUCAUGGAGUGAAUAAUUGCAUCGAUGAAAACACGUCUUUAGAUGAUGUGAAGGCUCCAAAUGUGUUUGAGAGAGCAAAGGAGGAGUUUCAAGCACUUGCUCAACUGUUCCAUCAAAAGAAAGAGGCCCAUGCUCAUGAUACAGGGGAUGGAAAUCAAAUAGCUGAGUCAAAAUUCAAACAUGAAAUCCCAAACUCUCCAUCAGCAGAAAAGAAGGCAAAGUCAUCAUCAGCAAACCUUAUAGCAAGAACUAAGAAAGAGAUCAAAGGCAUCAUACACAAUAAUAAGUCAAAGCAUCAUCAUCAUCACAAAGAAACUCAUGGAAGAAAUGAUGAUAUUGACGAGAAUACCCCUGCCAAUGAGGUCAAGGGUCCAAAUGUAUUUGGAAGGGUAAAAGAGGAAUUUGAAGCUGUUUUGCAAGCAAUACUUCCUAAGAAAGGAAGUUGAUGAUGAAUCAGAUAAACAGUAAAUACAUGUUUGUAACUUUGUAGUGUAUCAAUACAUAACUGUCAAUAUGACAAUAUAUACCAGAUGUAAAUCUUUGUACGCACCCUGAAGAUAUUUACUUUUUUGGGAAAAAGAUGCAAAUAUGGUUUUUUUUUUUA